GUCCUGCAGCAUCACCGAAGACCUUCGGAUUGAAAUAGUUUCACUUGUCUGGGACGGCAGAAGCAUCUUUUUGCCAUUAAGGAACAGCCAUGGAAGCUCUGUGCAGCUCUGAGGAGAUGCUGACCAAAGCAACUCAGCUGUGGACGAUGCUGGAUGACAUGGCCGAGAACAACCCUAAAAGUUAUUGCCACUUCAUGCAACAGCAACUAAAGGAAGCAAAGCAGCAUUAUGCUCCCCCGGAGCCAUGUCUGUGCCUGAAGACCUGCAUUUUGGAACCUACCAAAACCUGCCUGUUCAUAAAUCUGUGCAGUUGGAGUAGGAUCCCAGCUCCCAAGUCACCCUCGGAGCCAAUUCUGUUGAGCGCUGGCAAAAUGGAGACGCUAUCAGAUAAUUCAGAGAUCUGCAGCAUCCUUGACGUGGCCUACAAUCCAUCCGUUCUUGAGCGAGUCAAGGAUAGCCCACCGGAGAAGGAUCUGUUGAUCCGCAUGUUACUCAAGUACGCCGAGGAGCAUUUCAACGUCACUUUGUCCCAAUCCUGGAGUGUGGCAAAAUUUAAAUUGAAAGGAAGCCUUGAAAGGAUGAGGGAGAGCCUGAGAAGAGAACAGCCCCCCUUGACUGUGUCCCAGAGGAAUCCCAACAAAGAAGUGACCCUCAGCCAGCUGAGAAGCCUCAGGGCCGAAGACAGCAGUGGCCUUAUUCUACCACCAGCAAAGAACCCCGCAGCUUCCAAAAAGCGUCUAAUUGAAGAGAUUUCCACUACAAACAAGCCAGAGGGGCUUAAGCCUGCCUACCAAAUGACCACCAAGAAAGAUGCAGAUGAUAAACCCUUAGAAGUGGAGCUGAAGAUUGAAUUGCCAGGUGUUUGCGGUGUGUCCGAGUGUAAUUUGAGCGUGUCUAAGGAUGAUGUCUUGGUUGAGUGCCUUGAAAAAUACAGACUGCGGGUGGAUCUUCCAGCGUCUGUGGAUGAAGAAGCAACAUCAGCCACUUUUUAUAAGAAGGAAGGAGUCUUGCACAUCAGAAUGCCCGUGUACCAGGAGAAAUGACAUUAGCUGAUGCGGCGUGGGAAUAUACUCUCCCGUUCUCUUGAUUCACUUCCUCUCCUUUCCAGCCCUUCCCAUUCAGCCUUUUGCACAGGUUAGUAACAAGUGUGUUGGUUACAUGCCUGCUUUUUAUUUCUCUUGAGGUUUAAGGCUAAAAUUCUUGCUGCCCUUUGGAGAUGCAAAAACCCAGGAUAAAAUGCACCCCUAAAUACACGCUUUAACAUUUGAGGGUUG